AUUGGCUGCUUGGGGGGGCCACGCGGGCGCCCGCGCUGUGACGUCAGAGCGCGGCGCUGAGCGGCAGAACGAGGGGCGCGGAGGAGCCGCCAUGAGCAAAGCGCACCCGCCCGAGCUCAAGAAGUUCAUGGACAAGAAGCUGUCAUUGAAGCUGAAUGGCGGCCGCCACGUCCAGGGCAUCCUGCGGGGCUUUGACCCCUUCAUGAACCUCGUCAUCGAUGAGUGCGUGGAGAUGGCACCAGGGGGCCAGCAGAACAACAUUGGCAUGGUGGUGAUAAGAGGAAACAGCAUCAUUAUGUUGGAAGCUUUGGAACGAGUAUAGCAGGGGAGGAUCCCACCUCACUCCCAGACAUCCCAACUCCAAGCUGUUUCCUUUCCUCUCCCAUUCUACCACGAAGCUUCCCCAGGGCUUAAACUUAUUUUGGGUUUGGUUUGGUUAAAUAAAUUUUGUACUGGUUGAUGUAA